AUAUAUUAUGUGUAUAAUCUAUGGGGUAGGUGCCAUAUUUUUAUUUGUACAUUGUACAUAAUUAAAGCUUCAUCUGCAUUGAAAUGAUUAAUAGAUGUAAACAAAAUUUGAAGCGAAGAUAAAAUCUGUCAUCGAUAUGCGCGCGCACCGUGACUUAAAAUUAACAGAAUGAAGUUGCCCACUAAGUCGCCCAUUACAGUACGACCGACGUAACUUGAAUGGCAGGCUUAAAUGAGACUCAUAUAACAUUGUUGAGGGUGCUGUUUGUCUUGGGUAUCACAAUAGGCUCACAGAAUAUAGACAUGAAUCAGGAUUGGCUGGCUAAUAUUGGCUCACAGAAUAUAGACAUGAAUCAGGAUUGGCUGGCUAAUAUUGCUCGCUACAUCGUUUACUUCAUAUUGGUUCGCGUGUCGAGGCCCGCCGCCGUAAUGGCGUACGACGCGCUGCACAACAAUGCGGUUCUAGAUUUUUCUAGACUCGUCGAGAAGCAACGGAACACGAUCGUUUUGUUCGUCGUUUCCUCACUGGUCCUGUACUAUUCGAAAUUGAAAUUAUUCGGGGAGGAUUUCGUGUCGCUGUUCGUAGCCUAUCUCCUGUUGCACCGCGACGAAAAUAACCGGAAGCCGUCAACCGUCACUUAUGGAGUGGGGAUGGCCUGCAGCUACUUCGAAGGAUACUUGAACCACGUGAUACCCUCGGACGGCUACAGAUUCGUAGGUUUUCAGGAGAACAUAAGCAAUUACGAGAACUACCACAGCAUCGUGUUCCCGGUCAGGAGGUUGUUCGUUGUGAUAACGAAGUCCCUGUUCUGCCCGCCGGACCUCAAGUUCUUCAAUCGCGAGAACAGGCCGGACCUGCCCUCCCUUGACGCUUGCGAGAGCCUACCAAGGAUCACGAAGGACGUGGCCGGCGUCAAGAAUAGGGAGUACAAGAACUCUGCGUACAUGAUACGGAGGCCGGACGGACCGCCGGUAUACCUGGCCGUGGAAUGCGCCACGCCCAUACACACUCUGUACAACGUCGUGAAAAACCGGCAGCUCUAUUCAGAAAUAGAUAACAUAGACAAAAAGGAGGUCAUAGACGACUUCACGCGCACGCUGACCAACGUUAUAGACAAAAGCGAGGACUGUCGCGGUAAAUGCGAAUUGGUUUACUUCGACACCGAUUCGGAUAAGUGCCUGGCUGAAGUGCUGCUCGACAAGAUACGUGCCAUCGAACCGAACUUUGAGAACAUCAGCAGGGAACGUGACUAAACAUUGUGUCUGUUUGUUUGUCCGCGUGCCUGACACUGCUAUUAUAAGUUGCUUUUGGAUUUUUAAAUUUUGUUCGCUUGGAACCAUCAAACGUUGUAGUUAACUCAUUUCGUUGAACAUUGAUAGUUGGAGAAUUCAGUUUUUAUUCCGUCGAAUUACUUAGUUUUUAAUCAAAAUGUAUUUUUGUAAUAUCUACAAAAGUUGAUUCUUGACAAGAACGGAAGUGACAAGACUGGUUUUGAGAAUUAAUUUAGGAUAAUUUUGGUAAAUGUGUCAAUUUAUAUUAUUAGCAAAUAGAUACUUGGUAUUUUUAGUUUUGUGUUCAAAUGAUUAUUAAAUGUGUGGACGAGCUCACAGCCCACCGAGUGUUAUGUGAUCACCGAUUAUCAGAAAGUGGUUGCUCGCUCGUGCGGGCUCACCACAACCUACCUAACCGUACGUUUCGACCAAAGAUAUGUGGGCCACAACUAGUUGGAUAAUGUAAAGAUGACUGAAAAUAAGUUAAGCUUGGAAGCUGCUCUUUUUUUUUUUUUGAAGAUUUUAAGCAUGGUAACGAGACCUUUAAGCCAAUCCAGACUAUGGAGGGCAGAGGUAAAGAGUACCUUCUUGUAUGGGGAACAAGUUGAAAUAGUUUCCACCUGUUAACAGCGAGUUAUUGUUAGAAGAUUCACCGAAAUAGCGCUAGUGUAGGAAAUUGAAUAUAGCAAUUUUAAACAGAGUUUAUGACGUUGUGUUUAAAAUCUUUCUACUUGCAACUGUGAACUUUCUACUUGCGUCUUAAUACAGUGAGAUGGUGCUCCUUUCUUCUACCCUCCAUAAUCCAGACAGUGCUCUGUUGAUACGAGAGCAACUUUUGGUACUUCCUGGUAAUUUUAAUUACGGCCUCUGGUAACUUGACGAUUGACCUCAACCAUCCUCAUUAUACACUCUAUAGAUAUCCUAUCCAAUGUUUUAUUUAUUUGUGUACUAAUUAAUCGUCAGAUCUUUCGAACAAGGCGGCUUGUUAAUAAAAUUAUCGUUUAAGACACACAUUUGGCUAUCUCGUGACCGUGGAGGAAAAUGACAUUAUGUGUAUUAUCUAUGGUAAUGACUUGUGAACGUAUCGUGUCAUAAACGUCAAACGUUAGGUGUCAUUGUGAUUUUAAACUUACGUCAAUGGUUUGAUCAUUGCUAAUUGUUAACAUUGUUAACUUUUUUUUAUUCCUUACUUUUUAGUAAUAAAUGAUCGUGAAGAAUUAA